AUGACGACGCCCAGAAAUUCCAUGAGUGGAGCUUUCCCGGCAGGCCCUAUUGCCAUGCAGUCUGUUCAGAAACUAAUUCCCAGGAGGGUGCCUUCAGCGCUGGGCACCACACAGGCCUUCUUCAUGAGGGAAUCUAAGGCUUUGGGGGCUGUCCAGAUUAUGAAUGGGCUCUUCCACAUUGCCCUGGGCGGCCUCCUGUUGCUUCACGCGGAGGUCUAUGCACCCAUCUGUGUAACUCUGUGGUACCCUCUCUGGGGAGGCAUUAUGUAUAUCAUUUCUGGAUCACUCCUGGCAGCAGCAGAGAAAAACUCCAUGAAGAGCUUGGUCAGAGGGAGAAUAAUAAUGAACUCAUUGAGCCUCUUUGCUGCUAUUUCUGGAAUAAUUUUUUUGGUCAUGGACAUAUUUAAUCUGACAAUUUCCCAUUUUUUUAAAAUGGAGAGUCUGAACCUUACUAAGGCUCCCACACCAUAUAUUAACAUACACAACUGUGAACCAGCUAACCCCGCUGACAAAAACUCUCUAUCUAUGCAAUAUUGUGACAGCAUACGGUUUUUGUUCUUGGGCAUUUUUGCAGUGAUGUUGCUCUUUGCCUUCCUCCAGAAACUUGUGACAGCUGGCACUGUUGAGAACGAAUGGAAAAAAAUAUGCUCCAGACCCAAAGCUAAUGUAGUUCUCCUGUCAGCAGAAGAAAAAAAGGAACAGGCAAUUGAAAUAAAAGAAGUGGCUGAGCAGAUUGAAAUAUCUUCCCAACCAAAGAAUGAAGAGGACAUUGAAAUUAUUCCAGUCCAAGAAGGCGAGGAGGAAGGAGAAAGAGAAACAGAAAUAAACUUUCCAGAACCUCCCCAAGAUCAGGAAGCCUCACCAAUAGAAAAUGAUAGCGUCCCUUAA